AUGUCUCCAACCGUAAUAUUGGAUAAAAAACCCCUCAAAGUAGCAUUUUCCAUUCUUGCCAUCCUUAUAAUUUGUGGCAUUAUCUCUUUUGCUCUGUCAACUUCAUUUUGGUAUAUUUAUGAUUAUAACAAUAAUGAAUUGCCUUGCCGUUUCCGACUCGUUGGCUAUUAUUCAUACUGGACGACUUCUGAAGUCACCCUGAGACAGCUAAGAAAACUUACGCAUAUCAGUUUUGUGUUUUUGGCGAUUGAUGAAAAUGGAAGUUUGAGUUUUGCCGGAGAUUCUGGAGAAGAGAGAUUUUUACAAAUGAAGAAAAUUGCUUUGUCAAUUAGACCGGAUAUCAAAGUGAUGUUCAGUGUUGGUAGUGACAAAACGGCUUUUCAUUUUUCAAAGAUCGUAGCUGAGAGGGAAAAGAAAAGAUUCCUCAUCAACUCCAUAAUCUCAUUCCUAGAUGAGAACGACUUGGAUGGUGUCGACGUCUUCUGGAGCUUUCCCUCCAAACAGGACCGCCGAUCUUACAUCCGAUUCCUUCGAGAACUGAAAAAAUCAUUGGUUGAGCUCAAGAUUGAAAAAGGGAGAACUGAAGACUAUGUCAUCAGUAUUAUUGCUCCACAAAGUCCUUCUGAAUUCGAAGGGUUCAAUUUGGUUGAAAUCAUGGAAUCUGUAGAUUUCGUCAACGUCCUGACGUAUGAUUAUUACUUCACCUCACAUAAAGUUGGACCACUUUCUCCGUUAUAUGGAGGUUCGGAGGGAAACGUUGAUGAAACGAUGAAGUAUUUGAGUUGUAAAACGAAAAACCCAAGAAAACUGAAUAUGGGAGUCUCGUUUUAUGGGAAUCGCUUCUUGAACACGGAGCUGCCUUUUGGGAACAAUAGUAUCUGGAUUCCAAUGAGCUCUGAAACGAAAGGACCGUUUAGACUACAAUGGAACGAAAUCACUCCAAAUGAGAAAGCGGUUACAAAAUGGGAUAACGUAACGAGAACUGAAUAUGUCUACGACGAUCGCAAGUUUCUGACAUUUGAAAAUGAAAAGAGUAUGCGAGAGAAAAUGAAAUAUGCGGAGGAUCAUAAUAUUGGAGGGAUUUCGAUAUGGGUUAUCGAUGAAGACGAUGACGAGAACACAUUGCUCAAUGUGGUGUUUUCUGUGGAUCUGUGCACAGGAAGUUCUUUGCAGACAUAUACUUGUGAUUCCAAGACCACCACAACUACUGCUUUCCAGUCAACUACUACCACUUCCACGACAACUACACCUUUGCCAACAACCACAACUACUGAUUUUCAGUCGACUACCACUUCCAGACAACUGUCAAGCAGUACUACAUCGAGUAAAAAAGAUUCUAAGCUUCCACCAGCUGCUUCUUGUGGAAAAAGAGUUUUUGGAUAUUUCACGGAAUGGGAGAAUGCAGAUCUCAGAGAAGAACAGCUCGGAAAACUGACUCAUGUGAUUUAUCUCUUUGCUACAGUUCAAGAUGAUGGAAGCAUCAAAUUGGAUAAUAAACGGACAGAAAAACGAUUUUUGGAUCUAAAAGAUAAGGCUCAUUCUGUGAGAUCUGAUCUGAAAAUGAUGAUUGGAGUUGGAGGACAUGCAACGUCGUACAGAUUCUCUUCGAUUGUAUCGGAUGAUGGAAAACGAAAAAUUCUCAUCGAUUCCAUUGUCUCCUUCAUAGAUGAGCAAGAUCUUGAUGGUGUCGACAUUUUCUGGAUUUGGUCUUAUGAGGAUGACAAACUACACUAUUCAAAAUUCCUCAGGGAGCUUCGAAAAGCACUGAACAUUUUGAAAUCUUUUGAAAAAAAGAAAAGAGCUGAAGACUAUCUUAUUAGUCUCAUUAUUCCUCCUAAAAUCGCAACUCUGGCGGAAGGAUAUGACAUCAAUGAGAUAUUGAAAUCAGUAGAUUUCCUAAAUGUUCUCACCUAUGACUACUAUUUCAAUGGAGAUCGAGUAGGACCCCACUCGCCAAUCUACGGAGGAACCCGUGGAAAUAUUGAUGAAACUAUGAAAUACCUGACUUGUAAAACUAGACAACCUAGUAAGAUAAAUAUGGCUGUUCCGUUUUAUGGAACAUUCUGGAGGAAUGCAUCGUUACCUCUUCUGGAUGAUUCUGAUGAGAUAUGGAAGGAUAAGGGAAACGCUGCUGGUCCAUUUGCAGUCCGCUGGAGAGAACUUGUAACAAAUGGAUGGGAUAAGAGUACAACCAGAUUCCAUGAGAAAUCGAAAACUUCUUACAUCUGGAUCUCAGAAACGAAACAUUUCUUAACGUUUGAGAACGAGAGGAGUCUAGCGGAAAAAGCGAAAUAUGUGAAGGAACAUCAACUUGGAGGAAUUUUAAUAUGGGCAAUUGAUCAAGAUGAUGAUCAGAAUACUCUUUUGAAUGCGGUUUCUUCAGCUGAUAUUUGUUCACAAAAAGAGAAAGAGUAUAUUAAUUAUAUAUGUGAUAAAUAA